AUGGCGUCUUCUUGGAAUCUUCCCAUUAUCACGCCUGUAGGGACAAGUGGCAUUCUUGGAGACAAAUCAAAUUUCCCAACACUAACACGACUGGCUUACAACAUGAAUAAAUUCGCCAAGUUCUAUCUCCAGGUAUUCCGACAAUUUAACUGGACUGAUAUCACCAUUAUGUACGACAACGUGCACGUGUUUUUCCGCAUAGUUGGGACGAGUCUUGGGAAUGAGUUUCCUUCUGCAGGUAUUUCCAGUAAGGUAAUCGAGUUUGAUACAAGUGGUGAUUUUGAUCACAGGAAUAUGUUGUUGACUGCAAGCGCACGAUCACGAGUAUUUGUCAUCAGUUGUCAUGGCGAUACAUUCCGUGACAUCAUGUUGACCUUCUAUGACCUUGGAAUGGCGUUCGGCGAUUACGCCGUCAUAUUUAUUCGUCUGUUUGCUGGAGAUGAUGUUGAUUGCAAUGACAUGGUCUUAAAUCAUUUCCAGAAAGCUCGAAUAGCAUACGAUAGCGUAUUGCUUGUUCAACCAAGACGGCCAGAAAGUUCUGAGUUUCUGAAGUUUGAGCAGGAUGUUAUAACCCGGUCAUUCCAAGAUUACAACUUUGUGUAUGGCGAUAUUGAGGUCAACAUCUUUAUCACGGCUUUCUACGAUUCGUUUCUUAUCUACGCUCAAAUCCUGAACGAAACUCUCACUGAUGGUGGUGAUAUCUUUGAUGGAUUUAACCUGACAAGACGGAUAUGGGGACGAACCUUUCAAGGUAUCGGCGGGACCAUAGCCAUCGAUAAUAACGGCGACAGAGAUACAGAUUUUUCCCUAUUGGACAUGGAUACAUCUACUGGAGAUUUCAAGGUUGUAGGUAAUUAUUUCGGAGAAUUGAAGCAAUUUAAGUUUGUCGAUGGAAUGUCCAUAUACUGGUACCAAGGGAAGGGCCCACCUGUCAACAAGCCUCGCUGUGGCUUCACAGGAGAUGCACCAGAAUGCCAAACCUUCGAGUUACCUGCUGUAACGAUAGCUGGAAUCGCCUUUGCUUGUGUGAUUGUGGUACUUGCUAUAAUAGCUGCGCUUGUUUACAGGAAACUGAAACUCGAGUCCGACCUGCACAGUUUGUGGUGGAAGAUCAAGACGACUGAUUUGCUCGCGACAAAUGUGGGAAGCCGUGUUAUAAGCAGGCUAUCAGUUGUUCAGGGCAGUACUGUAGCAACCAAAAAGUUCAAAAUAAAGCAGUUCCACGCUGAUCGAGUAAGCCUUUUGGAACUGAAACAGAUGAGGGACAUUGCUUGCCCAAACUUGACUAGAAUGGUUGGUAUGGCGAUAGAACCUUCACAUGUCGUCCUGGUGACAGAGUACUGUCCUCGCGGUAGUCUCCAGGAUAUUUUAGAGAACGACUCUAUACAGCUUGACUUGGAUUUUAAGAAUGCACUUCUCACCGACCUCGUACAAGGAAUGACCUAUCUACAUGCAUCCCCAAUCGAGGUUCACGGUAACCUUAAUAGCUCCAACUGCGUGAUAGACGGGCGUUUUGUUCUAAAGAUCACAGAUUUUGGCCUGACACGCAUACGCCAACUAGAGCAGAAAGUUGUAGAUCAUCAAAACCAAAGAGCAAUACAUUUGUUACCCGAUAUUUCACCAUAUCAACACAUUACAUAUUUCAGCAUUAUCACUAUAACUGUAUCAUACUGUGCCAUGUUUGUGGUACACAAUGUCUGCGGCAAUACUGUUUCAGCGCAGUUAUGGGUAGCCCCGGAACACCUCCGAAACUUGCCCAAUAGAACAUCGUCACAUGGCGGAGAUGUCUAUAGCUUCGGAAUUAUUUUGUUCGAAAUUCUAACAAGACACGAGCCUUACGAAGAUGAAUUAGAACACGCCUCAGUAUCUGAUGUACUUCAGAAGGUCAAACUAGGCCGUAAUCCUCCAUUCCGUCCCAUGCUGCCUCAGACAAGUGAAAAGAGCGGUCUGGUGACAGUUCUGAAACAGUGUUGGAGUGAAGACCCGAAACUGAGACCUAGUUUCCAUGCACUGACAAGGACUAUUCGUAAAAUUUCCGGAAUAUCAGCGGGACAUAAUAUACUAGAUUCAUUACUUAAGAGGAUGGAGCAGUAUGCUAACAACCUGGAGGACCUUGUUGAGGAAAGAACCCGUGCGUUCUUGGACGAGAAGCGGAAGUCUGAGCAAUUGCUCUAUGAAGUCCUUCCAAGAAGUGUUGCUGACCAACUGAAGAACGGACAAAGUGUUGACCCAGAAUCUUUCGAGAAGGUCACUAUAUAUUUCAGCGAUAUUGUAGGCUUUACCAACCUGUCUGCCUCUAGUCUGCCGAUGCAGGUCGUGGACCUCCUGAACGACUUGUACACAUGUUUUGAUAGCAUUUUAGAAAGCUAUGACGUAUAUAAAGUGGAGACUAUCGGAGAUGCGUACAUGGUGGUAUCCGGUCUUCCUGUACGGAAUGGUUCGGAGCACGUCCGUCAAAUUGCACGCAUGUCCUUGAGUAUCCUGGAAAACGUGUCCAAGUUUAAAAUACGACACAAACCGGACGCCGUACUCAGGGCACGUAUCGGUAUUCACUCCGGUUCUGUUUGCGCUGGGGUGGUGGGAAGAAAGAUGCCCCGUUAUUGUUUAUUUGGAGACACUGUCAACACAGCCUCCCGCAUGGAGUCCAACGGCGAAGCAAUGAAGAUCCAUAUGAGCGAAGACACAAAAAGCAUGUUGGAUGCUUUUGGCAAUUUUCUGAUAGAAACAAGAGGUGAAAUCACUGUGAAGGGCAAAGGCUCGAUGACAACAUACUGGCUUCUCGGAGAAGAAAUCAAGGAAAUCUGAGAAGAUAUCAUUGUCACGAUAUACAGAUUCUGUUUUGCUUAAACUUUGUUGUGGGAAAGAUUUGAAAUAGCGGUGAAAAUAUUACAGCGUUACAACCAUAGGAUUCCAUGUGCAUACAUGGGUCUAUAUAAUAAGGUGAUGUUUUUCCAUAUCUGAACACUAAUUAUUAAGAUUAGUUCAGUUAGACACCCAUCUGUUUUCCAUCGGUAGAAUUAUCUGUAUAUUACGUUUUGCUAAUCACUUCAACUUUAGGUGAAAACUGAAUAACGGAGCAGAGAAUGAUUACAAAGACCAUGCAAGAAAAUAUCUCUCGAUAUUUAUUUCAUGACUAUUGACAUUGCUGUGUAUUUUAUAUAACUUCGAUUUGCUUUAUUGUCAAAAGUUAAUUGGCACA